GAUGCAGUGAUGCUGCUGCUAGUGUCGGUCUCAGUCAAGGGUUGAAGCAUCCUCGUUCCCCUCCCCGCCAUCCGACUCAAGCCUCGAGGUGGAGCAUUGCAAGCCGCUGCCGACGCUACGCUCCUGCUCAUCUCCCCACGAACUGACCUGACCAGGUGCCAACCGGCCUGGAUAUUCGAAAAAAUAAGGAGGGCUAUCAUCACGCCGUGGCUCACUCACAUCCCAUCGUAAUCGUGCGCUCACGAUGCAGUACGUCGGACGUUUCGUGUCCAGCGUGUACAAUACCAUCACGCCCAACAUCAAUCCGGCAACGCUCAGCGGCGCCAUCGAUGUCAUCGUUGUCGAACGGCAGGUCGAGGUGGACGUCGACUCGGAUGAGGAGAAUGAUACCGCACAGACGCCAGGCGCCGUGCACAGCACAGUAGCCAGUCACAGGAACAGCAGGGCUGGCACGCCCACCUCGCCUUCCAUAGCCGCUUCCUCAUGCCCUCCUAUCAGCAGCUCCAGCUCGGUGGCCUGCUCGCUGUACAGCCUCGGCGCUCACAAACAGCCAAGGAGCAAACGCAAGAAGAUUGUUACCGAGAUGGCCUCGACACCGUUCCAUGUCCGCUUCGGCAAGAUGAGCGUCCUGCGACCCGCCGAGCGCAAGGUGACGCUCCAUUUGAAUUCGUCGCCGGAUCCGCUACCGUUUGCCAUGAAAGUCGGUGAAGCGGGCGAGGCAUUCUUUGUCUUUGAGGCAGACCCAGAAACGGCCCCUCCGGACCUGGUCACCUCGCCCGUGCUCAGCGCAACGAUGAGUCCGAUCUCCGGGCCAGCCCAAGCGAAUGGCGAUGAGGCCUUCACACCCAUACCCCUGGAGCGCAGCAGUACAGCUGAUGUUGAAGCACUGGACCUCGGAGAGCCUGUCGUCCGCAUGGACGGCAUCGCCACGGGCUGUGGUGCGGUGGCGGACUCAGCAUCGCCUGGCGCGAUGGCCGACUCGGACUCGGGCGCUUGCGCAAGCGAGGAAAUGAAUCAUGCGGACACAGUCAUCACGCCCGAGGAUACUGGCAGCGAGGCGGGUACGGCACGUUCUCCGUCCCCUACCCUUUCGCAGCCGAAUCAAGGCGCAGCGCCGCCGCAAGAGCCAACGCGCGAGCAGCUCUCGUCCAACAAGCGACCCCUGCCGGAACAGCAAGGCGUGCCGGGCGACCUGCCACUGACAUCCGAUAGCGGGCCAACGGGGUCGGGGCCACACGCAGGCAGCGGCUCGGCCCUCGAGAGUGUCGGCGGCGCCACAUCGCGCGCCGGAGGCGCACUGCGCAGCAUCGGCAUCAGCGCCGCAGACAAUCUAAACGACGGCAACGACGGAGACAGCAAGGGCGAUGCGGCGCCUACCGCCUCAGAGCUUGAUGGUGGCCACGGCCGCGGCGAGGGCACUUCGAACGAGCCGUCUGAGUCUAAGGAGAACUUACAACAGGACGACGAGCAGCAUCCGCCGCUGCACAGGCAUGCAGACGUGCAUCGCGAGACGGAGUUGGGGAAACUCGAGAGGGAGAUGAGGGAUCAUGCGGAGAAGCUGAUCAAGGCGGAGAUGGAAGCGACACGCCUGGAGCAGCACCUCAGCGAGCAGGCAGUGGAUGCCUUGGCGCUUGGAGGUGCAGCAACACGUGAAGGUGCGGAUGCCGAGGCCUUCGGGGACAAGUCCGAUGACGCGUAUCCAGCGCCGUUUGGAGAGGGGACGACGCACAACUUGCGACCGAGCGCGAAGUUCUCCAUCACUACAUCGUCGACAGGCGCGUCCACAACGCAGGCGUCGUCGUUGUCUUUGCCGCUGCUCACUCCUGCUGACUCUUCAGCGUCCAAUGCGACGACGCUGCCAGCAACGUACCCAGUCGCGCAGUCUGCCAAAUCUUUUCUCGACGGGCUUGCCGACGAGUCCAUGUCGAGGGGCUUGAAGGAUAUUUCAGCUGCCAAGCAAGCGGUCAUCUCCAGCAUCCGCGCCGACUUGGAGGCCAAGAAGAAGCGCUACGAAGCUCUCAAGGCGAACAGUGAGAGUAGGGAAACGACGACGAGUGCGAGUAUUGGCACAUUGGAUGUUAAGAAUCAGGAUGGAGGCGACAAGGAUAAGCUUCAGAAACUGCCGGCUGGGUUGGCCAAAGAGAAUGUUGCGUACAUGUUCGAUAUGGAUGGUUACAAGAUGACAGCCGAUGGCGAGGACUUGGCGUUCGCAGAGGGACAACGUCUAGCCAACGAGCUACCGUUGUCGCGGCGCCAUGGCGGCAAAGGCCGACACGGUCACUCGGAGCGCCUGGACAAGCCGCACCGCCAUCCGCGCUACCUGUCUGGCAGCAGCGUGGCAGCAGCAGCAGCGACCAGUAUCGUAGAUGACAUUAACGCAAUGCCGAAAAAGGGCUCGCACGACUCGCUCAGCUCGCGCCGUUCCGGCUCCUCGAACGGCAGCGGCGGCAUCGACGACGACGUGCUCUCAACGGACUCGGAGGGAGCCGGUGGGAUCGGGCUUGGCGUUGUGGGGGAUAUCAGCGUUGAUCCAAGCGCGCGCCAGUUCAGUCGGGACCUCGUGCGUCUCGCCAGAUGGAACGAGGGCAAAGCCGCCAGCAUGUCCACCAACGCCGACGGGCGACUGCGGCCCAGCGACGACGACGAGCUGACAGAGAUCGCCAUCACAUCCGACGAAGACCGACUACCUGAAGGCGUGCCGAGCCGCCGGCGCGCAUCGAGCAGAAACACGGAGCGGCCGCGCUCCUACUCGCGCGCACGUGCGAGCGCCACCCGCGCGUCCAGGGGCCGCAUUGGCCAUGGGCAGGAAGCGUCCGUUAGCGAUUCGGAGACGCAGUACAAGGCCGGCGCUCCCCGCGCACGCACAAGCUCCUCCGUCCAACGUGCGGCGACGAACAAGCUCCCUGCGCAAACGCUGCCGGGCGAUAGUCAGUCUGCCUCUUCGGCAAUGGGCGCGUCAGCAGAAGCAGCAGCGCUCGAAGAUGGUGGCAGGGCGCAGUCGCCAGAGUACGACUGGGCGUGGGGCGAGAUGCCGACGCGCAGGGAGGCCACUUCAGACGGCCUGCAGAAGCCCAUCAGAGCAACGUCCAUGGAGACUUCCAUGCCUGAUGCUGCACUUGUCGAAGGUACAGGCAUAUUGUCGCAUGAAGACAGCGAUCCGUACGCCUUCACCCUCCUCGUGUCCACGACCGUCUAUCAUUUCCAGCUCAGCCUUUGCUGGCAUGAAGGCUUUGGCGAAGAUCAAGAUGCAGACGAGUACAACUUUGAAGAGAAUCGUGUGAGCUAUGGGCGCUUCUUGGAGGACGCGGACCUCGUUAACGACGUUCGCCUCGUCGUCAAGUACAAUGGCACCCUCUUGACAUGGGAAAACGCUUCGACGGUCAUGGCAACAUUAUCGCUAUACCGUCAGAGCCUCCCUGCUAAGCCAGAUGGCGCAGAGGCACCUGGAGAAAUAGACGGCGCUGUGGCGCAGAGCAGCCGCUGGCGGCGUUGGUGGAAUCGGGGAAGCACGCCAAUGUUGCAGACUCCGCAAGGAGAUGCGGACGGUACCUUCGCGAAGCCUCCGACGGGGAGCAGCCUGGGUCGCUCCUCGACUGAUACCGCUCUUGUGCUCGGGCAAGACGUGCGAAAUGCGGAGCCGAGAGAGGAUAGCGGAAAGCCUGCCCCAGCGGCAGGGGGCCCAGCGCACACCAACAAGGUCUACGCAAAGACUCUGCGAUUGACAUCGGACCAGCUGAAGUCCCUCAACCUCAAAAAGGGCGCGAACACGAUCACAUUCUCGGUAACGUCGUCGUACUCAGGAGUGGCGACGUGCACAGCGCGCGUCUUCUUAUGGGAAGCUUCGCAUCAAAUUGUCGUUUCCGACAUCGACGGCACCAUCACCAAGUCGGAUGCACUGGGUCAUGUCUUUACAAUGAUCGGUCGGGACUGGACGCAUCAAGGUGUAGCCAAGCUCUAUACGGACAUUGCACGCAACGGCUACCGGAUCAUGUAUUUGACGUCGCGCGCUAUCGGACAAGCGGACACCACGAGAGACUACUUGCGGGGCAUCAAGCAAGACAAUUACCAGCUGCCGGAUGGUCCAGUCAUCAUGAGUCCAGAUCGCCUCAUUGCCAGCUUGCAUCGGGAAGUGAUCCUGCGCAAACCGGAAGUCUUCAAGAUGGCAUGCUUGCGCGAUAUCGCUCGACUAUUCGGCUGCGAUCCUCGCAUCUCGCAGACCCCAAAAGAAGAAUCAAAGUUGGCGGCGGCGGCAAACCAUGCGGUUCUAGCUGUUCCGAGCAAGGUCGAUCUUCCAGCCGGUGGCCCUGGGACUGCUGGCAAUGGGGGUCCCAGCUCGAUGACGGUCCCCACACCAUUCUACGCUGGCUUUGGCAAUCGAAUUACUGAUGCACUGAGCUAUCGCAGCGUCAACAUCCCAAGCUCACGCAUUUUCACGAUCGAUACGAACGGUGAGGUCAAGAUGGAGCUGCUGGAGAUGGCAGGCUACAAAUCUUCAUACAUCCACAUGACGGACCUGGUCGACCAAAUGUUCCCUCCCAUUACCGUCAAGGAGGAGCUGCAUCCACGGCAGCGCGAGUACAACGACUUCAAUUACUGGCGGCCUCUUCUUGACGAGGUUGAGCUUCCUCCGGACGAGGAACUUUUGCCGAGCAACCCGGUUUCACCGGCUCUGUCCGCGCGCUCUGGACGUUCUAUCCGCAGUGUUCGAAGCAACGGCAGCAUCCGCAGUACAAGCGUGCGGAGUGAUUUGAGCGGCGAGUCUAUGAAUACUAGCACAAACAGUAAUCAGCAGUCUGGUGGAAGACUCAGCCGCUUCGGGCUGCCAAGUCUGGGGCUCGGGCGCCGGAGCUCUGGCAAUAACAUUGCUGCUGCGAGUGCGGACAAAGACAAGGCUGCGCUGCGCGCAUUUAGCGAAGUUCAACGAGCACCGACGUUUGCAAACGAGGCACCUUCGGGCACCUCCCCCCCGUCGAGCUAUGGCAGCGGCGUCACCAGCUGGGCCGCAUCAUGGCGCAGGCGAGCUGCAUCGCCGGGUGCCAGUUCGCAAGCAUCGGUGCAGGCCACCAGCCCUCUCGUGGGUCCGGUCAUUACUGCAGUACCCGAAUCGGAGGACGAGGAUGAUUACGCAGGCUCAGACGAUGAUGUCUCGUCCCUCGAAGGUGACGGAAUGCAUGAGGAACGGCAAUUGUCCGAAGAUGAAGGUGGCAGCUAUGAAGAAGAAAACAUUGGCGAUGACGUUUUAGAUGAUGAUCUUCUCGCACAAGGAGAGAUCCGCUUUGAAUGGCGAGGGUGA